AUGUCCAUCCAUUCCGGGUUUUCCACUGCCGCUCUUCUAGGUUUCGUCGGCGGAGAGCAGAACCUUGGCGCUUUGCAGGUGACCCACGUCAACGGUCGCCGCAGUCUCCCAAGCGCCUUCAAUGCCCCAGGUAGUUACCUGACUGGGCAAGGCUUUGGUAGACUGACUGCCUCGCGCGUCUGGGAUGGCCCACAUCCUGGCGUAAGCGUCGACCCCACUGCCCUAUCAUCCAACUCGUCAUCCUUGAACGGCCCCAAGUUCACAGCAGCAUUCUCGGGGUCAGCUCUCCCCACCACCGGCCCUAUCGCGAAGCUCUUGACAGAGUACUCCAGGAAGCUCGCUGUUACCGUCCUCGAGGGGCGCGUCACCACUCCUUCGGCGGUGACGGUCGUUGAACUUCCCGAUGCUCCCGAGUGUGAGGUACACCCGACAGCUAGGAUAAGCGCGCCGGUCAUUCUCCCCAUACUCGUCAGCUCGGCGGCCACAGCUGCUUGCGGUGUCGUCGGUGAUUGGUCUACUGUGGGAAUGCUCAUCCUCGGGAUGGCUAGCAAUGGCAUCGCGUCUUACGCUCUCCAGGCUGGCGAUCUCACUUUCACUCGCCCCGUCACUACCCCCGGUGCUCCCGCAGGCGACGGAUAUCUCGAGUCGGACAACGAGAUCGUCGUUUUGAAGGGAUCAGAAGCCGCUGUGAGCUCUAUCACCCGUGGACAGUUCACGCUUCGCUGCAAGAACGAGGGCGCCCUUCAGGCCUUUUCCACCUGCAGUUUCCUAUUGACUCUCCAGUGUGUGGUGCAGCUGCUUGUCGUUCCCCGAGGCUCUUUCUUCGGCCAACUCUUCUUCCUUUUCACCAUGGUUGUCUCCUGGCUAUACAAUGCCUACGUUGCGCGCCAGGAGAAGGCAGCAUGGGAGAAGCUCGUCCUUGAGGACCUACUCAAUGCUCCUACGAUGAAGCGCUACAGUCUCGGGACGAGGACACAGGCGGCUGUAUUCCUCAUGCAGGUCUUGAAGCCUUCGAACGUGGAGGAGCAGCUUUCCUUGCUUAUCCCCAACAACACUCCUGUCUGGAAAACCUGGAGGCAGACCGUCGCUCGUCGCCUCCAGGACUCGAAGCCGAUCUUCGAUGGCGCUGAGGUCGAGAGAUCUUCCUCCUUCAACGCGAACGAGAUGAAGUUGCUGGCAACCCUAUUCAACGAUGCCCAGGCUGCCGUCGAUGCCUUCACGAAGCUGAACGGCAAGUUCUGAAUAGGAGGAGCAUGCUCUCGACGUAGCCCCCUCUCGCAUACGUCUUCGUUCUCAAGAAGAAUCAUCCCGCGACCCAGAAUCAUGAGCUCGAUAUCGCUUUGCUGCCUUGAUACCGCCGAGAAGUCGUGAAAGAUUUGUUUCUAUGUGUCCUUUCUCCACUUACACAACAUAGUACCCGUGCCCCCUGAUCGUCGCGAAACCUUCUACAACCCACCGACCAUUUGAAAAUACGUUAUGUCGAUGUUUGCUAAUGUCUACUAUGCCGACUUCCCGCGUACGCUUGUUUCCCACUCGUAUACCCACUGUCAGACCUUUUAGUUGUUUAUUUUCAAUACGAUUCCUCG